GUCCAAAUAGAGCUUACUUUUUGAGACUACAGCCCAGCUGCUUUCUUGCAACACUCUGGGAUACUGUCUGACUUAAUGGCAGCGAAGAGGGCUGUGACCAGCUGGACACUGAGUGUCACCAUCCUGCGAGCAGAGAACAUCUUCUCCACAGAUUAUUGGUCCCAAUCGGACUGCUAUGUUACUGUGUGUCUGCCCUCAACAUCUCCACAAAUCUACAGGACUAAAGUUGUGGCGAACAGCAAAAGCCCCGAGUGGAAUGAUACUUUUACUUUCAAAGUCGAUGACGAUCUCAAGAACACUCUCGAGGUGAACCUGUAUGAUGAGGACCCCCUGAAGAGUGACAACCUGAUCUCCUCCCUAAAGCUUGAUGUCAACAGUCAGACUAUGGGGAAGAAGGAAACUAAGGAGUUCAUCAUGGACCUUAAGGGUAAACUCUGGAUGGCGUUUGAGCUCCUGAAAAGUGAGAGGAAAGUUUUCUGUCCCCUCAAAAUCAUCUCGGUGAAGGAAACCAUCUCUUAUUUGAGCUUGAAAGUCACCAUUCUGAGAGCAGAAAAAAAUCCCUCCAAAGAUUACUAUUCUGAAUCCGACUGCUACGUGAUUCUCACUCUCCCGACAGCAACGGCAAUAACCUACCGUACGACUACCGUGUCGAACAAUAACAACCCAGAAUGGAAUGAAACGUUUACUUUUCGGAUCCCCACCCAUGUAAAAAACAUUGUAGAGAUCAAGCUCUACGAUGAGGACCCUUUCGCGCGGGAUGACGAGUUUGCGGAGCUUCUGUUUGAUGUCACAAAUCUCACAAUCGGGCUGAAGGAGACCAAGGCCUUCACGAUCAACCCAGAGACGGAUGGCAAACUUCUGAUAGCCUUUGAGCUACUUCAUAGUGAGGACCCCUCGUGUGAAUAUCUCACAAAUGGAGUCCUUGUGGCUGCCCCGUUCUCUGUACUGGAUAUUAACAUUGACAAGCUGCGAAGUGACGACCGUUUGUGGAACAAGGUGCUGAAACUGAGGGGUGCCUUUUGUGAGAAUAUCACAAUUAUUGAAAAGGAAACUCCAAAACUGCGUUUCUACAUCAACAGAGACUUGGAGACAGAACUAGGAGUGAUACCCUGUGGAUCUAUCUAUGCCUCUGCUUCUCAAAUGGAAAUGUAUACAAAUCUCCAGCCGCUACCAGCCAAACAUGCAGGCGUAGUGUCCCUUUGUAUUGAUCAGGACACAGUGGAUUUGGACAUGGAAAUGCAUGAAGGCGAGGGUAUUGCAGUUCGUCUGGACUUUGACAUCCCAACUCAGGAGAAGGAGUACCUGAAAAAGAGGAGCGUUGUCGUGGCACAGGCUUUGCAGAAGCUUUUAGGUGCUCCAACUGAUCCUAAAAAGGUGCCGGUGAUAGCAGUGGUGGCUUCAGGGGGAGGGUCCAGAGCAAUGACGGGCCUGCUUGGUAGCCUGAGAGGCCUGAAGGAAAUCGGGGUCCUGGAUGCUGUCAGUUACAUCACUGGUGUUUCUGGAUCCACAUGGGCGAUGUCUACGCUGUACCAGGAGGAUAACUGGUCACAUGAGGACAUGGACAGUGUCAUCUCGGCAAAGAAGGAACGGAUGACCAAGAGUAUCCUGAGUGUCUUCUCUCCUGAGAAACUCCUGUAUUACAAAGACGAAAUUGCUGAGAAAGAGCAGGACGGUUACAUGGUGUCACUCAUUGAUAUGUUGGGCCUGGUCUUUGAGCAGCUUGUCUUUGGGAAGAAAGUCACCAGUACCCUGUCUGAUCAGCAGAGAGCAGUGAAUGAAGGCCAAAACCCUUUACCCAUAUACACUGCUGUCAAUAUGAAGGAUAUGGCAAAGGGCUUUCAAUCUGAAGCUGAGUGGUGUGAGUUUACCCCGUACGAGGUAGGCAUCUACAAGUAUGGGGCGUUUGUCCAAACUGAGGCUUUCGGAAGUCAGUUCUUUCUGGGUCAUUUUGUCAAGAAACUCCCAGAAGUCCGCCUCCCUUAUCUGAUCGGAAUAUGGAGCAGUGCUAUAUCUGUCAGCAUGACCCAGGUAUGGACAUUUGCAACAGGGUUCAAGCCUUCUUGGAGCACCUGGCUCGGACCAGAGGUCAACAACAUAGGUGUUGACACUGAACCGUCAACUCUGGACACACAGCUCAUAACUCCAACCACAGAUAUCAACAGUGUAGUGACUGAUUUCUUCAAGAAUCGACCUGCCGUCGCUGAAAUGUACAAUUUCAUGCGUGGACUCUUCAUGCACAUGGACUACAAUCAACAGAGCAGCUUUGUGGCCUGGAAAGAAACGCAUCUAGAUGCCUUUCCAAACCAGCUGACGCCCAGUGACUCCACCCUGCGCCUGAUUGAUUCUGGUCAUGACAUCAAUCUUGGCUGUGUGCCCGUCCUGCGGCCAGAGAGAGAUGUGGAUCUCAUCAUAUCUCUGAGUUACUCAUGGGAACCAGAGAACAACCUCAGGGUCCUGGAGAAGACGGCUGCCUACUGUAAAGACCGUGACAUCCCCUUUCCCAAUGCUGAUUUUUCCAGCCUGCAAAAGAAGCCUUAUAAGGAGGUCUACAUCUUCGAGGAUAAGGAGAAUCCCAGAGCCCCGAUAGUGGUUCACUUCCCACUUGUCAAUGUCACAUACAAGCACUUCAAACACCCUGGCGUCAAGCGUGAGACUGAGGAAGACAUGAGAGCUGGGGAGGUGGAUGUGAGCAGCAACAACUCUCCAUACCUGACCAAGAACUUUACCUACUCAGAAGAGGACUAUGAGUCUCUGGUGGAUCUGACCACUUACAACAUAUUAAACAACAAGGAGAGCAUCCUCGACGCCUUGCGUAAGGCCAUGGAGAGGCGCGCAUCCAAGAUGAAGAAAUGAAGGAUAAGCUUUACAGUAACCGGUUUAUCUGCAUUUACAAGUCACCUUUCUUAAUUGCCUGUAAUCUCUAUGAAUGCUUCAGUAAUUGGGGCACAGGAUAUUUACUCGGCAGUUAAAAAAAAAUUGUAGACCAUAAACUUCUCCAACUUGGAUCAAUUUUGUACUUCAGAUUCCUUCGACGGUAUUGUGCAGUGUGUAAUCCAGGGCCACACGUGCCAACCCAAUAGGGGGCAGCCUUUCACCUUGGUCCAUGUCGUUGUUAAUAAUAAGCAUCAAACAAAUACAGAAACCUUGUUUUUACCACCAAACCCAUAACAAGCAGAUUAUGUUUCUUGCAUAUGUCUUGAGUAUUUCAAAAUAAAGUUAUAACAAGGUUGGGUGGCUUUGUGAAUGGUGUGGAAGAAAUAUGAAUAAAUAUACCUAUGGGUGCAUGUUA